UUUAUCCAAGAUGGCAGCCCCCAUCCGAUUGCCCGUCGUGGUGGUUUUGGGAUCAACAGGGACGGGGAAAUCUAAGUUGGCACUUCAGUUAGGGAAGAUUUUCAACGGAGAAAUCAUUAGCGCAGAUUCCAUGCAGGUCUACAAGGGGCUGGAUAUCAGCACUAACAAAGUGACCACAGAAGAGUUAAGGCAAUGUCCUCAUCACAUGAUAGAUUUCCUGAGCCCCCUGACCAGGAACUAUACCGUGACCGACUACAGGGACGCUACUCUGCCAAUUAUAGACCGCCUUCUGAACCAGGGGAAGCUGCCUAUCAUUGUUGGAGGCACAAGCUACUACAUAGAGUCUCUGUUGUGGAACUUUAUCAUCACUAAGCAGGAUAUUGAGAAGGCCAUCAAGGAAGAGCAAAGUCCAGCCAAAAGACAGAGACUAUUACAGGCAGAGCCCCCAGUGGAUUUAUCUAGUAAAAUAGGACUAUCUUCCUUAUGUUCAGGAGGUGCAGUUGAAGUGGCCAAGGAAACCUCCCCCCAUCUCUUGUGUAACAAGAAUCUGAUUCCAGAUGGGACGACUGAACCUCAGAGAAGCCAUGAUGGUGAAGAAUGUGAUACCAAGACAACGGACAUUUCUGGUAAACACAAAUUAAAAGAAUAUGGAGAUGGGACGUCGUCUGAAUUGGAAAAAUACGAUGAGGUGGACUCUGAUGUACUGUUUAAACGUCUGAAGGAGGUGGACCCAGAAAUGGCCCUGAUGAUCCACCCAAACAAUCGACGCAAGAUAAUAAGGGCCUUAGAGAUGUAUGACACACACAGGGUAAAGUUGAGCAGUGUACAUAAGGUCCAGAGGGAGAAACUGUCCAGUCAGUCCCCAAGUGGACCCCUGAGGUUCCUGAAUACCUGUGUGUUCUGGCUACAGAGUGAUCUACAAGAACUGGGAAAGAGAACUGACGAGCGAGUGGACAAAAUGAUAGAACGAGGCUUAAUUAAUGAAUUAAAGGACUUCCAUCAUCAGUACAAUGCUGACCGCUUACAGCAGGAAAGUGUGCCAGACUACACACAUGGUAUAUUCCAAAGUAUUGGCUUCAAGGAAUUCCACGACUACUUGGUGUCAUCCGAGGAGGAGCGAAACACAGACAAGGGGAGGCAACUCUUUCAAGAUGGAGUAGAAAAUUUGAAGAAAAGAACCAGGGCCUAUGCCAAAUACCAGGUGAAGCAUAUUCGCAACAGAUAUAUCAAACGGAGAGGUUCGAACACAUUACCGGUGUAUGGACUGGAUGUCUCUGAUACGUCAAAGUGGGAGGAUCAGGUGAAAACACCAGCUGUGGAAAUUCUCACCGACAUUUUACAG